AUGAGCGGAACCGACCUUACCAAGGAUACCCCAUGUCGUAAGGACACAAGUGAGAAGGAAACAUUUGCAGUACUAAUAAGCAGCAAUAAGUUUGACAUUCGUGCACAGUACCAGUCAAAGGAAAACUUAGCUGUUUUGCGUUUGCUGAUGCCACAAAUUAUAUUCCAUAAUGCUAUAUAUCUGGUCCUGAUACUACUCGAGAUUACAACUCGCUUUGCUCGACGCUAUUUUACCAUUGAUAUUGCGAUGGUAGCCAACAUUAUCGGAGCUUGUGCGGUAUCCAUCUACAAUAUUUGCUCACCUUUGCUGCUAUGGUGUAUAUUACAACGCCAGAAAACUAGAAGAACUAGAGCGAUUGAGCUUUUGUCAAAGCAAGUGGCUCACCAGGACAACAUCUAUUUUUCUAAUUAUGCAUGGAAUAAUUGA